AUGUUUGUGUUGUCUAGCUCUGUGAAAGACAGGAACUUCCUCUUAGUUAGUGGAAUGCUUAUUGGGUCUCAGGAGAAGAUCAACAUAACUAAUGUUUAUGUCCCUAAAAAAACUGUGGAUAAGCUUGCCCUUCGGAAUAAGAUUAGAGAGGUUAUGAUCGGGGUUGAAGGGAUGUGGGUUAUUGCUGGCGACUUUAAUGUGGUGCGGUUUCAGGAGGAUAGGAAAAAUUCUUGUUUUAAAAAUUCUUGUGCUAGAAAUUUUAAUGACUUCAUUCAUAAUAUGGACCUUUUGGAAUACGAGCUAAAAGGAAGGAAAUACACUUGUGUUAGGGAUAAUGGGAGGAAGCUGAGCAAAAUUGACCGUUUCCUGUUGUGUUCGAAUUUCUUUAAUAAGUCGCCGGAUGCUUGCUUGAGGGGUUUAUCUUUUUCUCUUUUUGAUCAUUGCCCUUUGGUUCUCACAAUUAAUCAUACGAAUUUUGGGGCAAAACCGUUUAGAGUUUUUAAUUCAUGGUUGGGGAAACGUGGGUAUAGAGAGACGGUUGAGUCGGCGGUGAACUCGCAAGAGGAUGUCAGUGGGCCGACAGAUAUCAGACUUAUGAGAAAAUUCAAUGCGGUGAGGGCCGCUUUAAAAAAUUGGAGGCUGGAGUGUAUUAAAAAGGAAGGAGAGAUCGCUCUUAAGGCGGAAGAAGAGUUGGAGGUUUUAGCUAAUCUUAUGGAGGUUAGAGAACUUAACGAAGUCAAGGAAUGGGAGUUUGUGGAAAAUAAAAAAGUUCUGUUGAAUUUUGAGUCACAGAAGUGUGAGGAUAUGAAACAAAAGUCGAGAACAAAAUGGGCACUUGACGGCGAUGAAAACACUAAAUUCUUCCACGCUCAUGUUAACUUAAGGAGGGCCUCUAAUCUGAUUCCGGGGCUUAAGUUAAAUGGGAACUGGGUGACGAAACCGAACAGAAUCAAAAGUGAAGUGAUGAAGUUUUUUAGGGACCGGUUCAAAGAGGAGCACAGGGUUAGACCGAAUCUGGUCUGCGAGAAUAUUAAGCGGCUGAAUCAAAAGGAAAAGGAUUCGUUGAUUACCCCGUUCUUGUUGGACCGGUUUCGUGACCCUAAACAGUCAAGUUGA